AGAGAGAGAGAGAGAGAGAGAGCACCUCGCAACGGCAACCUGAGACGCGCGUCCUCCGUCAGAGCGAACGGGAACUUUGAUGAUUUGACGGUGAAACCGAUGGAAACGCGGAGAUGAUGUUCCAGUCCUUGAUGAUGGAUUCGUCUUUCAGUGUGUCCAGAUAUGCUGUCCUUGUGCUCGUCUCCUAGUAGACUGCUGAUCCAUUUUUCUUCCCAAAUACUUAUGCUCUACUACAGCUUUUUGUGAUUGAACACUUGAGUUCGCGUGAAGAACAGUGAAGGAAACGGGGCGCAUUGUUUGAAUUUUCAUUAUUAUAGAGGACCUCCAGUUCAUACAGGAUUCGUGAUGUCUGCAGCAUACCGCUCCUUAUUCCUUUUGUUGUUGAGUGUGCUCUCGGCCGGGGCUCAGACCGAGAUGAAGCGGGUUGUCGGGGACAACGCCACAUUGCCUUGUCAUCACCAGUUCUGGCAGUCGAAUGGACAAACACUGGACAUAGAAUGGCUCCUGCAGAAACCCAACGUCAAACAGCGCGUGAUUAUUACAUUCUUCAACAACGAGAUCUACACUAACGACAACCAUGCCAGUCGUCUGUCCUUUGCGGGCGACUACCUGAAAGGAGACGCCUCUCUCCUGAUUAGCGAUCUCCAGCUGACUGACUCUGGAGAAUACCAUUGCAAGGUCAAGACUGGCGGCAAAUACCACUGGAGCCAAGUCAACCUCAUUGUGCUGGUGAAGCCGUCUAAACCCCGCUGCUGGAUGGAAGGCCGGCUUCUGGAGGGCAGUGAUGUGAAACUGAGCUGUAAGUCUUCAGACGGAUCCGACCCUAUUCACUACAAGUGGGAGAGAGUUCUGGAUAAGGGCAAGAGCGUGGGAAAACUGCCUCCCUUCGCACUCAUCGAUCUGAAGAACCCAGAGAUCGUGACCUUGAGGAACUUGACGCAGGACAGCUCCGGGGUCUACAAGUGCACCGCCAGCAAUGAUGUAGGAGAGGAGAACUGUAUCAUCGAGGUCACAAUGCAAUAUGUGCGGGGCAUGGGUGUGGUGGCUGGUGCUGUGGUUGGCGUUUCAUUCGGCGUUCUGCUCCUCAUUCUCAUCAUCUGGCUGGUCUUCCGCAAAAAAGAAAAGAAGAAAUAUGAUGAGGAGGAGAUGCCUAAUGAGAUCAGAGAGGAUGCAGAAGCUCCUAAAGCCAAGCUGGUGAAGCCCAACUCCCUCUCCUCGUCUCGCUCUGGCAGCUCCCGCUCCGGUGCUUCCUCCACACAGUCCAUGGUGCACAACAGCACAACCCGAAGCCAACGUCCACGGCCACCCGCUGUCGCCACCCUCAAGGAGAACGGACAGCCCCACGGGUUCCCCCAGUCUCCCCCGGCCUACACGCAGGUCGUGCCUAAAACCCCAGAAACCCCGGCCACCCCAAAAUUCAGACCCCCCAAUCCUCCAGUGGGCAUGGCCAUCCCGGCGGGCGUCAUGGUCCCUGCUCAAAGCAAGGCCUUUCAGACAGUGUAGAGAGUAAAGGAAGCAAAGCCUGGUGCGGGUCUCCGUACAAGACACCCACAGUGACUCUUCCAAAAGUAUGAUUGGAAAAAUAAAAUACACACACAAACAAAAAAACAAAAACAAAGAAAAAAACUAUAAAAUAAAAGCAUAAUUAAAAAAUAAAAUCAAUCAUAUAAAAUCUAAAAAGUUGAAUGCAUAUUUACAAGGGAAAAUACACAGUGCUUACCCCCUUCUGAAGUAUUAAAAGAAAACAAGGGAGGAACUAAAGAAUAAGAUUUUUUUAUUCUCAUUCUUUGGUUCUCUCUCCUUCUUUUGAUCUCAUGGCGCAGUCUGACCCUUUUUUUAACAUUAUUUGUUUUUCUCUCUCUUUUUGAGCCCUUGAAGGCUUUGUGGACAGUGGGGUGGAAAGAUUUCCCCAAGUGCAGUUUAUUUAUUUAUUGCAUCAGAGAGGCUAAAGGUCCAAGGGCAGGCUGGGUUUAUGAAACAUGAUGGCGAGAGGAAGGACCAGCCGACUCUGAAGAGAAAUGAAGGAUAUUAUCCAAGAACUUGUUGUUUCUGUUGAAGGCGAUGGGGCGGCUCUGGGAAUAUGAACUGUCCAUCUCAUUCCCAUUCAUUUUUCCCAGAAUGCAAUGCAAACAUUGGCCGUGGCUCAGACAUCAAAAUCGAAGGCAAUCUUAUUAAUACCUUAACAACAAUUUCCACUAAGAAGAAGUGACGUGAUUGGAAAAUAUGGUCCCUGAUGGACAUUUCAGCACAUGGAUGACGACGUGUCAUUGAUGCAGUGGUACAGAGAGACUAACGGUUCAGUUAUCGUGAAACACACUGUUUUGCUACCUUAGCACGCUAUAUUUUAC